CCACCGAGGCAGUGCUAGACAGGGGAGUUCAUAAUGCCCCGUAGGGCCUUAAUUAGUGACACCCCCCAUUGCCCUGCAUGGAUUUAUCCACCAUCCUAACUUCAACGCCCCCUUUCCUCACUCUUUCAAGAGAAAAGUCUUCAAGAAGCCUCGAUACCCGCUAGUCGUUCACACUUGUCCAUCUCGGAUGGCAGCUAGAUUUGAGAAACAUCAACAGUAAUGAGCGAACCGGACGCGAAGAGUACAAAACACGGAGAUCCUGGCUGUACGUGUACGACGUGCCACAUCACAAAGAGGCGAUCACACAAGAAGUCCCGUAAUGGAUGCAAAACUUGCAAACGGAGAAGAAUAAAGUGUGAUGAAGUCAAGCCCCAAUGUGGACAAUGCUCGAAAGCUAUCAUAAACUGCGACUUUACCGCUUCAGCCUCAUUCACAGACCUUGUCCCAACUCAUGACGUUAUCGUGGAGAACGUUUCUCAUGAAAAUUCGCGGAGAAGGGGUAGACCGCGGAAAAAAUUGGAUACGGCUUCCAAAAGACUUAGUCCCCAAGAUCUCUUCGAAGCACCCGAUAGUCUGAGAUCCAGGUCAACCGAAACAGCUCUCGUAGUCACCCAGAGCGGGGAGCAUCAGACACAGGUAGCCUCGGAUCUUCCUUGGAUAUGGACCGUAGAUGAUCUAGAGUUGCAGCACCACUUCUUGACAUCUGACGAUCUUACGUAUUCAAAUUCGCGACUCUGGCGUGAGAAGGUCCCCCGUCUUGCCUUCACCCACCAUUACGUCCUACAUCUGCUUCUCGCAAUCUCUGCACUGCACUUAUCCAAGGAGAAAGAGGGCUCUACCGAUUCAUCUAGAUAUGAGCAGCUCGCAGAUGUUCACUACGCCAUAGGCCUACGCCAAGUGAUGGCCAUUAUGCCAACAUCAAAUAAAGACUAUGCUGGAGCACUUUACAUAUCUACUACGCUUGUUUGUGCAUAUGCAUUCGCAAAGAAGCCCAGCCCAGAACACCUCUUGAUAAUCUCAGACGGAGAAGAAGUGGCAUGGUUCGAGUUGCUUAGGGGCGUUCGAAUCGUCGUCACAACAAUGGGAUGGGACGCUAUCUACUCCGGAGUCCUAGGUCCUCGCCCAGGUGCUGAUGAUGAAAAGUCACUCCCAGAGCGGGGUCCCACGACACGAACAGUUCAAUGGGAACCUGCCUUGAGUAGUCUUGCAGACUUGAUAUCAAGCUCUGGCGAUCCAGAAACCUGCAUCUACUUGGAAAUGGUUCAACGCGUUUCGUCUUGCUUCGAGACCACUUUUGGUACAACUGCGAGGCCAAGGUUUGAUUGCAACGGCAAGAUGGAGGUCAUUAUCGGCUGCAUCUAUGGCAUCGAUGAUGCUUUCGUGCUUUGUCUGAAACACAAGACGCCCUUUGCACUUCUCGUCCUGGCACACUUUGUAGUGCUGCUCAAGUCACUUGAAUGGAUGUGGUACAUAAAGGGGUGGGCAAGUCAUAUUCUUCACGGCAUCGCACUCAUUUUAGGGCCUCAAUAUCGGCAACAUUUGCGAUGGCCAAGAGAAGAAAUUGAGAGGCUUGGCAAGGAUCGAGAUCAUCUCACUAAGGGAGAAUCAGUGUAAAGCCAUUGUGGGUCUUCGCAGUCUUAAUGUUACUGAGAAGCGGGAUGAUUCUUCUUUUACAAAAAACCCCCGUGACCAGGCACACCUCCUGAUAUGAUUUAGCGCGCAGUUGGUCCAACGUCGAGUCUCCUCAGCUGCAGGAGACCUUUGAAGGCCCCGCUUCGUGACUUGACGAAAGUCCCUGCUUUGCUGCUCAAUUCAAUAGUUGGAGCGUAAGCGCCGGACUUUGCAAGCCAACUUGGAUUUCCCUUGCAUGAAAGUGGCUGCCCGGAUCGAUCCGACCCAGGCAUCAUAUCAUUUACUUCAAUAAUUCAGCCCUGCC